UCAGUCAUCAGGACAAGCAAAAGAGCGAAGUACGUGACUCUUGGAGGCAGGAGUCAGACGGACGAACUGUCCUCUGGAGGGAACAUAGGCUUGUGGUACGGAAGUGAAAAUGGCACGUUUGCGUUUGUACUUUGGCUCCAACCGCAGCAACACAGCCCCGGAGAUACUGGAAGGAGACACAGAGGAGCAGCAGGGAGACAAUGAUGUAGCCACAGCACUUCAUCAACCACCUUUUGCAUUAACUCCUUCUCAGGAGCCUGUGGAACAGACUGUUUCUCCAAGGACUUUUGGCUCACGCCCAGAGACAUCGCUUAAACGCAGCUCUUCUAUGUUCAUACCUCAUCUUGCAACCUACGCAGAGCAGCGGCCCACAAAAAGCUCCUCCAUGCACAUCUCACUACAGCGCUCCGGGGCAAGUAACGAAGAUUGUAGUGACCCACCACCCUGCUAUUCUCCUGCGGGACCUGUGCCUACUUACACCGAAGUAUCAAAUAAAGCAAAUGUUCCACGCCAACCUCCUCCGCCAUACUAUAGCCCAGAUUCUCUCAACAAUUUGCAAACAUUUGUGACUGAACCAAACUUGCCAAAGCGCAGGGUCUUCAGCAUCGGUUCUAAUGGACAUACCAUGUACCACAGAAGCCAGCCUGGUAUAAGUGUUGGCGGAAUUCGUAUUCGGAGGAACUCAACCGAUGGUUCUGACAUACAACAUCUCCGGAUUUCUCCGCACGGCAGUUCUGGAUGGACUGUACAGCAGCAGUCACCCAGUUGUAAUAGUGGAACACAGCGACUUGUGUUUCAGCUUCAACAGAACCAAGAGCUGAACCAGAGCAGGCAGCAGUCAGACAUGUUCCAAGAUGAGCGCACCAACGUUGGAUUUGCUCGAUCAGGCAGUGGCCAUAUGUCCCGCUACCCUAGAAUUCGGCUGGAGGGAGGCUCAUCUCCGGUUUUGGUAGAAAAUUAUUCAGAGGACGAACCAGUCAGCCAGACAGCUAGCCAAGACAGCAAAGCAGUAGAGGAGAAUAUCAGAACGGAGGCUAGAUCGAAUGGUUGUACUUUUAAAAUUAGUGGCGAUACCCCGCAAAGGCAACCCCAUUUUAAGAUUUACUUUACUCCGGGUGGAGGUGGAGAUCCAGACCUGGUCUUUGGCAGUAAAUCCACAACAAAUAAUCCAGAGACCAGAGAUGAUUUCUUGGGACAAGUGGAUGUUCCUCUUAGUCAUUUACCGACAGAGGAUCCCACCAUGGAGCGUCCUUAUACGUUUAAGGACUUCCUGUUGCGCCCCAGAAGGUUAGUUUCUUUCAGAUGUGACGACAAAACACAAAUGACACAAUAUUUUCAAACUUGCUCUGUUUUCCCCAGUCAUAAGUCCAGGGUGAAGGGUUACCUGCGUCUAAAGAUGGCCUAUUUGCCCAAACAAGGAGGACCCGAGGAAGAAGCUGGAGAGAUGAGAGAGGAGGCUGAGGGGUGGGAUGACUCUGCAGACUCGGGCUCGCAGCGCCCCCAGCAGAUGCUUCCGCCUCUUCCACCCGGCUGGGAAGAGAAGGUGGACAAUCUGGGACGCACCUACUAUGUCAACCACAACACCCGCUCUACACAGUGGAAACGGCCCUCCAACAUGGAUGUGAUUUCAGAGACUGAGAGUGACAAUCGUCAGCGGCAGAUCCAUCAAGAAGCACACCGCGUUUUCCGCUCUAGACGUCACAUCAGCGAGGACCUGGAGAACGAGCACCUUGAACCACGAGAGAUUGACAAUUCUUGGGAGCUCAUCACAGAGGAAGACCCAAAUGACAGCUUGUCUCAGUCCCUCUCCGGCUCGACCCCCAUGCUCACGCCGCAACCCCCGCCAACACCAGUCUCCCAGGAGUUCCCCGAUGACUUGAAUGUGAGGCUGUCGCUCACCCCCGAAACUAACGGAGAAGUGGCGGGACCCAGCUUGGCCCUGACCCAGCUCUCCAACAGACUUCGCUCCUCCAGUAUGACAGAUGGCGUUAGUGAUCAAGCCCAGGCUCCUCCUCUUACGCAGAGAUCCCAUUCCAGAAGAACAAGAGCUCAAACAGUCUCAGGUGGUGAGGAUGCCAUGUCUCCCACAGCGACCUCUUUCAACUUGACCACCCCAGGCCUGCCCCCUGGUUGGGAGGAGAGGAAGGACAGCAAGGGGAGAACUUAUUACGUCAACCAUAACAGCCGCACUACUACCUGGACUAGACCCAUUGUGCAGGUACAGCAGCUGACUGAAGAUGGAGCUAGCACUUCUGCGGCUGCGGCAUCAGGAGGAGCCUCAGCCCUGGCACCCACCCCUUCCUCUUCCUCGUCUUCCAAUGUCUCCAACAACCACCUCCAUGAGCCCCAAGUCAGACGACCUCGUAGCCUCAGCUCCCCUACUGUCACCCUUUCUACCCCCUUGGAGGGCGCCAACAACAUCCAGGCACGGCGGGCAGUGAAGGACACCUUCUCUAACCCGCAGUCCCCCCAGCCGUCGCCCUACAGCUCGCCCAAGUCCCAGCAUAAGACUCAGCAGAGCUUCCUGCCACCAGGCUGGGAGAUGAGGAUAGCCCCCAACGGGCGACCGUUUUUCAUCGACCACAACAGUAGAGCUACAACCUGGGAGGAUCCCAGGUUGAAAUACCCAGUCCAUAUGAGGAAUAAGAACUCCAUGGAACCAGGUGACCUUGGCCCUCUUGCUCCUGGAUGGGAAGAACGAGUUCACACAGACGGACGCACCUUCUACAUUGACCACAAUACGAAAAACACGCAGUGGGAGGACCCCCGCCUUCAGAGUCCUGCUAUCACCGGACCGGCUGUUCCAUACUCCAGAGAGUUCAAGCAAAAGUAUGAUUACUUCAGGAAGAAACUGAAAAAACCGGCUGACAUUCCCAACCGAUUCGAGAUGAAGCUCCACCGGAACAACAUCUUCGAAGAGUCAUAUCGUCGAAUCAUGUCACUUAAGAAGCCCGACGUCCUGAAAGCGCGCCUAUGGAUCGAGUUUGAGUCGGAAAAAGGCCUGGAUUACGGCGGCGUGGCACGGGAGUGGUUCUUCCUCUUGUCCAAGGAGAUGUUCAACCCUUACUACGGCCUCUUUGAAUACUCUGCCACAGACAACUACACGCUCCAGAUCAACCCCAACUCCGGCUUGUGCAAUGAGGAUCACCUCUCCUAUUUCAAGUUCAUUGGUCGCGUAGCGGGAAUGGCCGUGUUUCAUGGAAAACUACUGGAUGGUUUUUUCAUCCGACCCUUCUACAAGAUGAUGCUGGGUAAACAGAUCUCUCUAAAGGACAUGGAGUCUGUGGAUAGUGAAUACUACAACUCUCUUAAGUGGAUUCUGGAGAACGAUCCCACUGAGCUUGACCUGCGGUUUUGCAUCGAUGAGGACAACUUUGGACAGACCUACCAGGUUGACCUCAAGCCUAGCGGCUCAGAUAUGGUCGUCACCAACGAGAACAAAAAGGAAUACAUUGAUCUGGUCAUCCAGUGGCGGUUUGUCAAUCGAGUGCAAAAGCAGAUGAAUGCCUUCCUGGAGGGCUUCACUGAGCUCAUUCAAAUUGAUCUGAUCAAGAUCUUUGAUGAAAAUGAACUGGAGCUGCUCAUGUGUGGUCUGGGUGACGUGGACGUCAACGACUGGCGACAGCACACAGUUUACAAGAACGGCUACUGUCCCAACCAUCCGGUCAUUCAGUGGUUCUGGAAGGUUGUCCUCUUGAUGGAUGCCGAAAAGAGGAUCCGACUUCUUCAGUUUGUCACAGGAACGUCGCGAGUGCCCAUGAACGGCUUCGCUGAACUUUAUGGUUCUAAUGGUCCUCAGCUCUUCACUAUUGAGCAGUGGGGAACACCAGAUAAGCUGCCGAGAGCCCACACAUGUUUCAAUCGCUUGGACCUACCUACUUACGACUCGUUCGAGGACCUGAGGGAGAAGCUGCUCAUGGCCGUGGAGAAUGCGCAGGGCUUUGAAGGCGUCGACUAAAGCGGUACCUAAUCCUACCAACCAAAUAAGGACUUUUAAAUCAAAGUAGCUACUUAGUAUAACUAAGUAGGCAAAAAAACAACAACAAGAAGAAGCUACAGAGACGUCCAAACUAGCUGUCGUAGCAUGCGGCUAGCUGACGCCUGACUGUUAGCCAUACCUGACUGUACGGCGUUUUACAAGGUGCUUGGGUAGGUGGUGUCAGGAAGAUGAGCAGUUCAUGGGGGGAGGAAAGGGAGAGUAUUUAAUCCCCUGGCAUGAGCAUGAAUUCUCACCUUUCUUUCCCCCACAAAAGUGCUGGAACACACGACUACAUUUCACACCACACUCGCACCCUCUUAAGUGGGAGGGGUUUACUUAGCAUGGCCUUAACAUGCGCUCUUCACCCACAAAUCUCUCGACCAAACACCGGAUUACCUUAGGGAUAGAACUAGCCAAUCACAUUUCAGGAAAUCUGCCACACCCCCUCUAUAGAGCCUUGUGUGAUCAGAUGACGCCACAGGAGCCUUUUUCUAGACCUUUUUAGCCUCGACUAAACAUCCCGAUGAUGAUUUUUAUAGCUUUUGGUUGUUGCUAUAAUUCUUGCAGGAAAAUACUCUUUGUACCGAAACAAUGUUUACUAUUUUGACACAAAAAAUCAAGUGUGAAGUGGAAGUCUGGCUCCAUAUCAUUUUUAUUUUAUUCUAAUUCUUAUCGUGGUAGUAAGAGCAGCAUGAAAACGUACUUUGUGUUCGCUUUGACGACAUAGUGAUUCGGACGUUGUGUCACGCUGGAAAAAAACAAAAAAAACAAACGAGGCGAUGUAGUUUGUUUCUGUGAGACGUCAUAUUAAUAUUCAUGCCCGUUGCUGUUCAUAAUGCUGUACAUUGUUUUUGAGGUCCUCGAUGAUCCAUAUAUAUAUAAAUAUAUAUAUAUAAAUGUAUGUAUGCAUUACAUUUAACAGAAGUAUUACUGAUCAACACUAAAAUGAAGUGUGCGUGCGUGCGUGCGGGUGUGUGAGACAGAAACAAGCUGUGAUUGAACACUGAAUAUUAAGCAGCAUGUUUUUUUUGUUUUUGUUUUUUUAAAGUUGAUUUUCUAACACUAUUAAAACCUAAAAGGGCACUUUAUACCUUACCCAGGUCACCUAUCGUGUAUGUCAUCAACUUGAAUGUUUGUGUUUGCAUAAUUCAGCCGCACUUACAAGUGCAAUAUUAGGAAAUAAAAGGUGGUUUGAGUCUAGGAUGCUGUUAAGGUAGUAAAGAACCACGUUUCAAGUACUUUAAACUUUCCUUCUGUUGUUUUCCCUUACACUUUGUCCUUUAUGUCUGUUUUUUUUAAACGGGUGAUGGAGAAUAUCACUUUUGGUAAAGAUGCCACCACAAUUUGCAACUCUUUGUGGUUCAUUUCACUUAAGUCAAAUAAAAAUGAAACUUCUCUCAC